UCAGGGAGUGAGUGAGAGGAUGCUGGAUGACGAUGAUGCGAACAAAAAACGCUGCUGUAUCGCUCACAGGACUGAGGAUGGGUAGAGUUUUAGCGUUACGGUAAAGCGAUGGAUUUCCCCGCUCUUUGUCACCUUUUUGGCUUGUUGUUAAAUUCCGGAAGACGGACAUAACAUAAGGAGUUGUUUGCGGAAUCCCCAGAAUUUACAGGAUUCAGGAUUCAGACUUGUUUUCAACAACACAGAAAGGCUUCACGUCCCUGGUGAUUGUGGCACGUACAAUCGUUUUGAAAUGUCCGACUUCCACAACCGGAGCCAAACCAGCGCACGUCGCAGUGACUACGUGUGGCAGUAUGAAUAUUAUGACGACGAGGAGCCUGUAUCUUUUGAGGGACUCAAAGCGCACAGAUACUCCAUCGUCAUCGGCUUCUGGGUUGGACUUGCUGUGUUUGUGAUUUUCAUGUUCUUUGUACUCACACUGCUAACAAAGACAGGAGCACCGCAUCAAGAAAACCCAGACUCUGCUGAGAAGCACCAUCGACCAGGCAGCUGUCUCGUAGACAUUGGCGGUCCCCAGGACGAAAAUGACAAAGCCUUCUCUCGUCCUCUGCUAGCGGAGUCCCGCACUUAUUUUCAUUUCUACAUCAACGAGGAGGAUCAGCGUCGGGGGAAACAAAAACCAGAGGACGAGAGAGUUGGAAAGCACAGCGGGGCCCUAGCCCAGCGGGGGACCGGAGGUACCAGCUCCUCGAGGAUGGACGAGAUGGAAGAGGAUGUUGAGGAAGGGGGACACCAACCUCUCGACGGACUUAUAGAGGAGAGUAAGACCGACAGAGAAUGUGCCUUCUUUUCCCACUUCAACAUCCCUAACUUUGUGAACUUGGAGCACAGUUCAACACUGGGAGAGGAUGAUCUGCUGUAUGAGUCGUCCGCCAUACUGGAGCGCCAGUCUCACUCUCAUGAUGCGCACUGUGACAUCCACUAAGUCUGUUUCUACAAAGACAUCACAGGCAUGGAAAUAAUGUUGUUGUAAUAUUGGUUUUCCUUUCCAUUCGUAAUCGAAAUACACCUGCCACCUGGAGAAUAUUAUGAUUUUUCGGCAAGCAUACAUUUAGAGAAGACAGCAAGAGGGCUCAAAAGAUGAAUCACAACUCAAUAUCAAGUGCAACUCACAGUUAUGCGAUGACAUUUCUUGGAUAAAAUUGUCUCACAAAUGGCACCUUUUACUUCAAGUUCUAGGCGCUAAUAAUUAGAUGUGGCUGUAUUGUAGGAAACUGUGGCUCACCAAGCAGGGACGCUUUGUACAAUUGAUUCUGCUAUUAUCGCUGUGUUGCUUUCGUGUGCAAUUCUGGACAAUGGACAUUAUUGAACUCUCUCCAACAGGACACAAAUGCCAGGUGGUCUACCAACAAGGUCAAAAGCAUGGAAUUAAAUAUCUUUCGUUCUAAAUGAAGUUUGCGCUAUUAGAAAAGGUGAAGUGUACUUUAACAGUGUGAUUAGUAGCAAAUAAUCAAACAUAUCAUCGUUACUUAUCACUAUUUCGAUGAUAUGAGAGACCUUGGAGGACAAUGUGAUAAAAUACUUUUGUAGAAAUUUCUUGAAUUAUAAUGAUUGUCCAAAUAAAGCCUAAAUGGUUUUGGUCAUUCAACUCAACACUGGUGUGGUGUAGGAUUUCUUAACAUUACACAUUGUGAAAUAAGAUCACACUCAGGUUUUUAAUAUUCAUCUAGCUUUCUCAGAGGAAAACUAAAUAAAAUAAGGACUUGAAGCUGCUCUAAUCAAUAUUUUUAUUAACUUAAACGAUGCGAUUUAGCUCCUUUUAGUUUUCCGUUUUGGUUUUGUGGCCCACAAAUUGACUGGUUUGUUUCACUCUCACAGCCUUCAUCGAUGCCAAUGCCGACUGCUACAGGGAGCCGUUACCAGCGGAAUGGUUUUUUAUAAACUACCUAAUCAGCACCAAAUGGCAGACAGAGAAAAUGCAUGUCCAGCUGGUGAAAAUAGUGGAGGAUUUAGCAACUUAAAAAGCAAAAUAUCUCUCUCAGAAGUUGGUGGAGCUGAAGUAAUAUUGGAAUUACACAACUCCAAAUAAAUGCUAAUAUUGCUCCGUGUCUGCUGGAUGUGAAAAUAAACCAUUUGUUCCAUUCCAAUUUUGAGAUUAUAAUAUAGCACUGUGUUAAAAGAUUGUUGUGCUGCCCCCGAGUGGCUAAAAGCUUAAUGAAGGUUUAGUUUAUAUCUUUGAUUCUUCUGGUGACAGUGUAGCAGAAUAUCUGUAUUG